AUGAUGAACAGUCAACACAAAUUGAUUGCCGAUGAAAUUAUUAAUGAGCUUUACAAGCAUCCAAUAACAACUUCGUUGCGAAAGAUACCAGCUGGAAAUGGCUCAGCAAUUGAUUUGGAUACUAUUAAACAGAAAUUGAAACAAGAUAAGUACCAAAAUCUUGCAUCUGUUUUCAACGAUUUAGAAACUGUUUGGGCAGAAUUAGUUAAACGUAAUGGUGAUGAUGUUUCCUCAAAAAUCGCAUCAGAAUGUAGAAAAAUUCUUGGAAAGCUCAGGAACAAAUAUGACAUUUCCGAACUUCCACAAUGGUGUAAUGUAGUUUAUAAAGUCCGUGGUCUUCUAACAAAUGUAAUGACUCAACCCCCAGAAACUAUCACACAAAAUAUUCCAUCAAUAGGCAAAGCAAGACCAAUCAAGCCAAGCAAAUCUGGCAUGAGUGAACGUGAAAUGUAUAAUUUCUUACAGGCUAGUGAUAUGAUAAAGAAAGACGAAGAUCAUCGUGAAAUGAUUAGAAUUGUAAACGAACUUCAGCCAGAUAUUGACUGUAGCACACAGGAUGUUAAUGUUAAUAUAAACGAGCUCAACGCUGAAACAGCCGAGGCUCUUAAGAACUAUAUGCGAACAGCUUUAGAAAAGCAAGGCUUGCGCUAUCCCGAGUAG